CCUGGGGGCAGGGCCCGAGCCAGUGUCUCCAGGCGCCGGUCCUUCUCUGGUGGGGCAACCUCUUUGUGGUCCGGUGCACCGUUUUUCCCGUCUCCGUCCUCCAGCAUGCCCGGUCCGACUCCGAGUGGCACUAACGUGGGCUCGUCGGGGCGUUCUCCCAGCAAAGCAGUUGCCGCCCGGGCUGCAGGAUCCACGGUCCGGCAGAGGAAAAAUGCCAGCUGUGGCACGAGGAGUGCGGGCCGCACGACCUCGGCAGGCACUGGGGGAAUGUGGCGAUUUUACACAGAGGAUUCACCGGGGCUCAAAGUUGGCCCUGUUCCAGUAUUGGUUAUGAGUCUUCUGUUCAUCGCUUCUGUAUUUAUGUUGCACAUUUGGGGCAAGUACACUCGUUCGUAGAUUCGGCUACAUCCAUCUGUCAUCUGAAGAAGAAGGAAAAAGCCCAACAUAUCUUGGACCAAAAGUAUAGUGAAUUUUCUCUUCAUGAGAAAGAAAUUUUCUGUAGCUUAUUUUACAAGGAACUUAACAGGAAUUGAUUUGGAAGAAUCUUUUUUUCUAUACCUAAUAAACUUUUUAAUUCACUUGUAC